AUGCCGCAGGAAGACGGCGCGGCACAAGCAGAUGCCGACGGGAUGAAGGACAUGUCGCAGAAAAUGCCGACACUGGGAAACCGGAUCAUGGUGCGGAAAGAAGGCUGGGUCGCGCUGAUACUGAGCGGCACAAAAACCAUGGAGCUGCGCAGCCAGCCAGCAAAAACAGGACCAAUCUGGAUUGGAUUCGAAGGUCGCGUCUAUGCCCACGCAGAAAUUUCAGACUGCAGGCAGAUGUCGCAGGAGAUCUACGAAGAAACCAGAGCACAACACCGCCACAUGGGCAGAAUGAACCAAGGCGACUCGCUGUACGGCUUGGUGCUGACGAACCUCGUCCAACUAGCGCAUCCAAUCGACUACUACCAGAAGCCCGCAACGGUGCUCUGGGAGAACUUCAGGACUGGACCGGAAGAAAAGCUCCCCCACCGCAGAGCUUCAAAGCGCGCACAAGAAAUGCGGGCUUUACAAGAUGCUCGCGAGGAUGACGAAACCUCGGAAAUCGACGAGAGCCCGGGUGCAAGAACACAGAAGAAGAAGAUCGGCGGGGAAAAGACGGCGGAGACGCCACGCGGCCAAGCACGUAGCGACAAGGAGCAUCAACAAAAAGACGCCGGCCUCGCAAAUCCGCCCUCCCGCCAAUGUAGACGAAGCCCGACCAGGAAAAUCCGAGCUCCGCGUACCAGACGCCCAGCUGCAGCAAAAGUGGCGAACACCCACUGGGAACGGCGCCCCGAACACGCAGUCCAGCGCGAAGAUGGCCAGCAAGGAGUCCAGGACACGGAGAAUGCCACGACGGACAGCGACUGCUCCACAAAGGCCCGCACCGCCGCUGUGCCGGCUGCACAGGCCACGCCACCAGAGAACGCGACCACUGCCUUCGUGGAUAGUGAGCCGCAGGAACUUGGUUGCGACUACACUCUUCAGGAAGAAGUACGCCAAUUCGUCAGAGCAGUCAUGUACCGCGAGCUGGAACAAGAACAGCUCGCAUGGUGGCAGUACAGCCUGAAGGAGCGCUGCCGCUACCACCGCUUCCCAUGCCGAACGUGGUUCGAGCUCGUCUACACAUGGCGCCCUGCUAUACACUCUCCAGAGCCAAGACCCAACGAAAAGGCGGAACGACCACAGCCGCAGGAGGUUCUCGCGGAAAGCUUCUCACAUCCACGAGGCCCGCAGCCUCAACACGCCCCGACCUACAUCAUCCCGUGCUACAUCCCCGUCCUGCUGAGCUACGAACACAACGGCUCCUCUGCGCAAAAACCCGGCACUCACAUCCACAGAGUUUGA